CUGUUGCGGGCAGACCAGAAUGAUCGCAUGCCAACGAGGGCGCCGAAAAGAAGAUCUUGCUCCGGAAGCGAUGAGGUAGAAUUGUGGCAAUUGAUUGAAGGCCCUGUCACAGAGAUGGGAGAGAGAAGUGACAUGACUGCGGGCAGAAAAGAAGUUGCUCCCGAAGCGAUGGUAGAGUUGCUGCUGUUGGCCGGAAACCUGUUAUCGAAACCCCAUUUUUCUUCCGUUGUACGCUGCAUGUCGACGAACUGGGUGCGGAUACAAGCCGUCCGCACAAGCGGCCCGAGUAAUGUCGUCCAUGUCGUAAUGUCGUUGUCGGUGUCGGCCGGAAUGCGACGCCCCCCCCUGGAGUGGAUAGUACCAAACCUCCGACAGGUGAAGACGAAGCCUUCUUCCUAG